GAAUAACGUUUCAAUAGGGGGAAUAUUUGAAAUCCAGGAGAAGAGGCGCUUCUACGAGCAGCUGUGAGGCGAUAACACAAACAAUGCAAAGAGCAGGAAAAUGGAAAACUCCUCGGAGGCCUGCCCCAAAGAAGGCAUCCAACACGGAGAAAGAUCCUGUGGGAGUUUACUGCCGUAUACGUCCACUUGGCACCGAAGAUGAGGAAUGUUGCAUUGAAAUGAUCAGCAGUACCACAAUUCAGCUGCAUGCUCCUGAUGGCCUGAAAGCUAACCGCAAUGGAGAAUACAAGGAGACACAGUACUCCUAUAAAAAGGUAUUUGGUAUCAAUACCACUCAAAUGGAGCUAUUUGGGGAUGUUGCCAAGCCACUGGUAGAGGACCUCAUUCAUUGUAAAAAUGGUCUUCUUUUUACAUAUGGUGUUACUGGAAGCGGUAAAACCUACACCAUGACUGGCUCUCCUGGGGACGGUGGCCUUCUCCCCCGCGCUCUGGACAUGCUUUUCAACAGCAUUGGACCUUUUCAGGCCAAAAGAUUUGUUUUGAAAACGGAUGACAAAAACGGAAUAGAGAUCCAGGACCAAGUUGAUGCUCUCCUCGAGAGACAGAAGCGAGACAGUCAGCAGGCAGUACCCAAAACACCGUCAUCCAGACAGAAGCCUGACCCAGAGUUUGCAGAUAUGAUCAGCCCAGAGGAGGCGUGUAAAUCUGAGAGCAUCGAUGAAGACUGUUGUUACAGCGUAUUUGUGUCCUACAUUGAGAUCUACAACAACUAUAUCUAUGAUCUUCUUGAAGAUGCUCCAUUUGACCCAAUCAGACCAAAGUGGCUUGAUGGAGGUACACCUGUACAAAACAAAGAGUUCAUACCACUUCAAUCCAAGAUUCUUCGAGAAGAUCAAAAUCACAACAUGUAUGUAGCUGGCUGCACAGAAGUUGAAGUUAAAUCUACAGAGGAGGCUUUUGAAGUCUUUUGGAAAGGACAAAAGAAAAGAAGGAUUGCAAACACUCAGCUCAACCGUGAAUCCAGUCGCUCUCAUAGUGUUUUUACAGUGAAGCUGGCUCAAGCACCACUUGAUGCUGAUGGUGACCACAUACUCCAGGACAAAAACCAAGUGAAUGUCAGCCAGUUGUGUCUGGUUGACCUUGCAGGCAGUGAGCGCACCAGCAGAACCGGAGCAGAGGGAAGCCGUCUCCGGGAAGCAGGUAAUAUUAACCAGUCUUUGAUGACGCUGCGUACAUGUAUAGAAGUCCUGCGGGAAAACCAGAUGUGUGGAACUAAUAAGAUGGUGCCAUAUAGGGACUCAAAAGUAACCCAUCUUUUUAAAAACUACUUUGAUGGAGAAGGAAAAGUCAGGAUGAUUGUGUGUGUCAAUCCAAAGGCUGAAGAUUAUGAAGAAACCAUGCUCGUGAUGCGCUUUGCAGAGAUGACCCAGGAGGUUGAGGUGGCUCGGCCAGUGGAUCGACCAAUCUGUGGCCUUGCAGCAGGACGCAGACACAGAAACCAGGUGUUUAAAGAUGAGCUGUCACGCUGCCUGGAGGAAAGAGGAGCUCCUUAUAAUGCAGAUGGCCAACUUCUGCUGAACCAGCUCAUAGAAAGCUUUCCACCUCUGCCUGCCUGUGAGCUGGUGGACCCAGCUGAUGAUCAGACGUUGCCCCGCCUGAUUGAGGUCCUGCACAAACGUCACUGUAUCCGUCAGAUGAUGAUGGAACAGUUUAAUCAAACUGCCAAUACACUGAAGUCUGUGCUUCAGCAGCUUGACGGUCAACUCAGUGCAAAGGAGACCUUCCUUCAUGAUCAACAAAGCAAACUGAGCGAGAAGGAUAAAGUCAUCCUCAAUCAGAAAACAGAGAUCGAACGAUUGGGGAAAAAAUCCAAGACACUGGAGUACAAGAUUGAUAUCCUGCAGAAAACAACGGACAUGUACGAACAGGACAAACGCUCACUUCAGCAGGAGCUGGACACCCAGGAGCAGAGACUACAGAAAGAGUUAUCAGAAAGGAGGCAAAUGGAGCAGCGUAUGCAUGGCAUGGUGACAGACACCCGACUGAAGUGGGAGAAGGAGUGUGAGAGACGAGUAAAUGCCAAGGAGCUUGAGAUGCAGAACAAGUUGUGGGUGAAGGAUGAGAAGCUGAAGCAGCUCAAAGUCAUACUGACAGAGAGCGGCAGCUGUCCCACCGAGCGGCCUGAGAAGCCAGAGAGACCUUCCAGAGAGAGAGAUCGUAACAUAGCCCAGAAGUGGUCUGCCUCACCAUCUCCACUUUCUGACUUGACUCCUUCCCAUCAAAGUCCAGCCAGUUUUAGGGCAGUUCAGGACCAUUACCCUUCCUCCUCCACCUCCUGUUCACCCUAUCCUUCAGUAGCCUCCUGCAUCUCUGAGUGGGAGCAGAGGUUCCCUGUAGACUCAGGUAGCCAGUCUAGGUACCCUGGGACUCCCCAGCACAGGAGUCGGACUCCUAUCCCAUGCCACAUUACCAGCAGUGUGGGGCGCAGGAGAGGCCAGCGCUGGGCCCCAGAUGUUAAAGCACCUGCUCCAACUCUUGUCUAUGGACUAGACCUAGAAGCAGGCACAAGGACGGUUCCUCCAGUUCAUCCAACGCACAGGCGCUCGCACUCUGCGGGUGGUGAGAAAUGGGUAGACCACAAACCACCUUCUAAUUUGGACCUAGACACUGUAAUGCAGCCAAUCAUACCCAAUGCAAUCAAGGUUUCGACCCCGAACGAGAAAGCUCUGUCUAAAUGCCACAAGUAUGUGCUUAGACAUCAAGAGCUUGCCUCUGACGGGGAGAUUGAGACCAAACUGAUCAAGGGAAAUGUUUUUAAGACCAGAGGCGGAGGACAAGCUGUGCAGUUUACUGACAUUGAGACACUAAAACAAGAGUGCCCAACAGCAAGUCGCAAGAGGCGAUCAGGAUCUGCUGAGGGACCGGUUCAAAUAGAAGAUGUAGAAAACAGGGCUCCCACUCCCCUAACAGGCACAAGUUCAAGCCACGGGUAUCAAAAACGCAGAAAGCCUUGAAAUGUUGCUGUACAGAUGACAGAGUAUGCAUGUUUUUGGCAGAAAUUUGCACUGGUGUAUUUGAUUUUGCAAAUUCUUAUAGUGCAACUAUAAUCAUAGCUUCAUGAUGUACAGUAUUUACUUGCUAUUUGCUGGAUUAGUGCUUGUCUUUUAUUAUUCUGUGCUGGAACUAUUUGUUUUGAUAGACAUGAAUCUGCUAAAUGAUCACAGAUAGCAACUCGUUUAAAUCUAAAUUAUCUUUUGACUUUUGGGUCACUACCUAAAGAGUAUUUACUCUGUAGCAGUUUUUUUAUUUUUCUUCUGGGUUUUUUUCCCCCCAUUUAUUGAAUAUCACACUAGGUAUAUUGAUAAUGACAAAAGAAAAUUUUAAAACUGAUAUCGACAAAAUGUAAAUACUGAACUGCUAUGUACAUAAAGCUAAACUUAAAUUUAAAGCUAAAUUUAGCUUGUGACUGCCUGUAAGUGAGCUUUUUACUUUAUUGAAACAACUCCUAAGAUGUGCAACAAGCUACAAUUUUUGGUGGCAUUAAAUGAAAAUAUACACCACA